UGAGGGGGAGCGAUGUCUGCGACGCACCGGAAGCGGCUCCGAGGAAGGCACGUAGGAGUGGCGGAGACGUGUCUGUUUGUGAGGCGCUGGGGGCACUUCCCCAGGGCUUUGGGUUACGAAGGCAGCAUCUAGGUGCCUCCCCACGUACCCCUCGCGGGCCCAGCCGAGCAGCGUGGGGCGAAGGCGGCGGCGAAGGCCCGGGCUGGGAGCGUUGGCGGCCGGAGUCCCAGCCAUGGCCGAGUCUGUAGAGCGGCUGCAGCAGCGGGUCCAGGAGCUGGAGCGGGAACUUGCCCAGGAGAGAAGUCGGCGGGUGGCGGGGAGCGGCGACGGAGGGGGCGGCCGGGCCCGCAUAGAGAAGAUGAGCUCAGAGGUGGUGGAUUCAAAUCCCUACAGCCGCUUGAUGGCAUUGAAACGAAUGGGAAUUGUAAGCGACUAUGAGAAAAUCCGUACCUUCGCUGUAGCAAUAGUAGGUGUUGGUGGAGUAGGUAGUGUGACUGCUGAAAUGCUGACAAGAUGUGGCAUUGGUAAGUUGCUACUCUUUGAUUAUGACAAGGUGGAACUAGCCAAUAUGAAUAGACUUUUCUUCCAGCCUCAUCAAGCAGGAUUAAGUAAAGUUCAAGCAGCAGAACAUACUUUGAGGAACAUUAAUCCUGAUGUUCUUUUUGAAGUACACAACUACAAUAUAACUACAGUGGAAAACUUUCAACAUUUCAUGGAUAGAAUAAGUAAUGGUGGGUUAGAAGAAGGAAAACCUGUUGAUCUAGUUCUUAGCUGUGUGGACAAUUUUGAAGCUCGAGUGACAAUAAAUACAGCUUGUAAUGAACUUGGACAAACAUGGAUGGAAUCUGGGGUCAGUGAAAAUGCAGUUUCAGGGCAUAUACAGCUCAUAAUUCCUGGAGAAUCUGCUUGUUUUGCGUGUGCUCCACCACUUGUAGUUGCUGCAAAUAUUGAUGAAAAGACUCUGAAACGAGAAGGUGUUUGUGCAGCCAGUCUUCCUACCACUAUGGGUGUCGUUGCUGGGAUCUUAGUACAAAACGUGUUAAAGUUUCUGUUAAAUUUUGGUACUGUUAGUUUUUAUCUUGGAUACAAUGCAAUGCAGGAUUUUUUUCCUACUAUGUCCAUGAAGCCAAAUCCUCAGUGUGAUGACAGAAAUUGCAGGAAGCAGCAGGAAGAAUAUAAGAAAAAGGUGGCAGCACUGCCCAAACAAGAGGUUAUACAGGAAGAGGAAGAGGUAAUCCAUGAAGAUAAUGAAUGGGGUAUUGAGCUGGUAUCUGAGGUUUCAGAAGAAGAACUGAAAAAUUCUUCAGGUCCAGUUCCAGACUUACCUGAAGGAAUUACAGUGGCAUAUACAAUUCCAAAAAAGGAAGAAGAUUCUGUCACUGAGGUAACAGUGGAAGAUUCUGGUGAAAGCUUGGAAGAUCUCAUGGCCAAGAUGAAGAAUAUGUAGAUAAUGGACUGGCAUAUAUUUUAUUUCUCAUGUUAAAGCCUCUUCCCUUGAAAUUAAAAACAAAUUUUUUAACUGAUAAAACUUAGGCAACAUUAAUUAAUGUAUACUCUUAACUGAAUUGUUAGUUUUUGAAAAUCCUGUAACUUGCUUGUUUCUCCCUACUCCAACAAAAUCAUUAACUCUCCUAAAAUGUAUGUUUCAUUCUAGUAAGAAAACCUCAAAGGAUUGUAGGAUGUAAAUCUUAUUUGAAAACAUAGUAUUGAAAUGUGUUGGCCUUUUGGAGUUGGGGAAGGACAAAUCUGAUCCUGUAAUCUUUUUCUUUCCAAUCUCUUUUCUUUUUAAUCCCUUGUGUCUAUUGCAUGAGGAUAUGGACAGUAAAGCAGCGCAUGAUCCCUAGAUAUAGGGAAAAGGACAAGGCAUACAGCUUACUGAUUAGAGCUAGCAAACAUCUCCUCAUUAUGUCUGGAAUUGCUUUCUAUAAUAAAAUUGCCCACUACUAACUUGACCAACAAUGAAUUUAAAAUAGUUAAUGUAUGAAGUAACAUCCUCUCAAAUGUUUGCUGAUGAAAUACAAGUUGAAAUGUAGUUACUGGAAAAGUCUGUAAACCUGUGCAUUAUAUAUAUUCAAAGUGAAACAAAGGCAAAUAAAAAGCAGCUAUCUUCAUGAAUAGACAAAGUUGCUUUCAGGAAGUAUAAAUUAUAUUCUGCACUGACCAAGGAAUAGAAAUUAUUGCAUCUGUGGAACAUAUAUCUGGAGUUACUAUACUUUACUGAAGAGCAAGGCAUAAAUUUAGAUUAAUGUCUAUCCAGAUUACACUAAUUCUUUAGGGUACUCCUGGAUACUUCAUUUAAAUUUGAUUCUCAAAGUAGUAGAUGUCGGCAAGGGUUGUUCUGUAUAGUGGGCAUAAAAGAACAGUUCUAAAUUGCCUCUGCAAAGACUUGUGGUCAGUGGAGGAGUAUCAUUUCCCUUGAUCAUGAUCGCUAAACUGUAAGUUGAUAUAAAUUAGCUUUCUCUGAAGUUGCACCUAAGUACCUUGGUUGAAAUAAAUUUCCAAUGGUUUGGAGACUAAUAAAUACCAUGCAGGCAUAACCAUGACCAGUAGGAUGUUUCUAUACUUAUUUCCUAUUUUGAUUUUUACUUUGAAGAUGUGAAUAUCUUAAUUAUAUCUCUAGGGGAAAAAUGUUGUAAAAAAUAAAAAGUACAUCCCUGAUUUGUAAAAAAAAGUUCAAAAAAACUGAAUUCA